AUGCAGGUCCAGACUGUCAAGCUUGAUGGUCUCCUGUUUCCCACACCAGCCUCAUUACAUCUCCUAGUAGAAGCACUGUGUUCUAUGCCCAACCUGACUGACCUGACACUUGGUAUGCAUCUCAAUGAGGAGUUCUACUCUGCAUUGAAAGCAAAGGCAUCAUCCAUACAGGGUUGUUUUCCUCAGAUCAGGAAGGGAAACUUCAGGUUGAAUGGAGUUACUCAAGAUGACUUGAACUCAUUUCUUCACACCCUCUCAAGGUCAUAUCGCCAACUAUCAGGAGGCAGUUACCAUGGCAACACAUACAACACAAGAAAUGUCUCAUCAGAGCAAUCAAGAGCGAUGUACCAAGAAACAAGGGCAAGCACUAGUCGUGUGAACCCAGUACAUACCAACACCAGUGUUUCCCUUGACACCCUUCCAAGGGGGUUAGGUGCCAAUAUUCCAGUCUUGCAAGAGUCUCAGGACAAUGCCCUUGUGAGGCAAGCUUUACAACAGCCAGGUACAUUGAGGAAUCAGACUGGUAUUUGUCCAGUCUAUUUAGAGAAUAAUGCACCACCGUGGAAUCCUCGGCCUAGUCAGCCCCAAUUUAUGCCUUCGGAUCUCCAAUCAGGCAUGUCUGCUGGAUACCACACCCCUACUCAAUACCAGCCAUGCAGUGGUUAUAAUUGCAGUCCUGAGUAUAGAGAGUUUAACUACAAUCCUACCUACCAUGCCACUAUGUCCAGUUCUGCUACAUCUCCUAACCCUCCAGUCUCAAGACAUGAUCAACCUACCAUGUCGGCAGGGUACCUUUCACCAACACAAUAUCCACCACCGGUUCCUGAGAGUACAGGUGCAAGACAUUCCACCAACUUUUCAUCCUCAAUCCAUAGUACAAGCAGGACUGGUAGAGACCACCCUCAACAACAACCCAUGAGUGAUGUACACUAUCCAAGAAGGGCAUUACCACCAUCAGACCACCCUCAACAGCAACCCAUGGGUGAUGUACACUCUCUAAGAAGGACAUCACCACCAUCAUACCACCCUCAACAACAACCCAAGGGUGAUGUACACUCGCUACGAAGGGCAUUACCACCAUCAGACCACCCUCAACAACAAUCCAUGGGUGAUGUAUACUCUCAAAGAAGGACAUUGCCAUCAUCAGACCACCCUCAACAACAAUCCAUGGGUGAUGUAUACUAUCCAAGAAGGACAUUACCACCAUCAGACCACCCUCAACAGCAACCCAUGGGUGAUGUACACUAUCCAAGAAGGACAUUACCACCAUCAGACCACCCUCAACAGCGACCCAUCAGUGAUGUACACUAUUCGAAAAGGACGUUACCACCAUCAAACCACCGUCAACAAAAAUCCAUGGGUGAUGUACACCAUCCAAGAAGGACAUUACCACCAUCAGACCACCGUCAACAACAACCCAAGGGUGAUGUACACUCGCUAAGAAGGGCAUUACCACCAUCAGACCACCCUCAACAACAAUCCAUGGGUGAUGUAUACUCUCAAAGAAGGACAUUGCCAUCAUCAGACCACCCUCAACAACAAUCCAUGGGUGAUGUAUACUAUCCAAGAAGGACAUUACCACCAUCAGACCACUCUCAACAGCAACCAAUGGGUGAUGUAUACUCUCAAAGAAGGACAUUGCCACCAUCAGACCACCCUCAACAGCAACCUGUGGGUCAUGUUAACCACCUAAGGAGAUCAUUAUCACCAUCAGACCACCCUCAACAGCAAUCCAUGGGUGAUGUACACUAUCCAAGAAGGACAUUACCACCAUCAGACCACCCUCAACAGCAACCCAUGGGUGAUGUAUAUCCAAGAAGGACAUUACCACCAUCAGACCACCCUCAACAGCGACCCAUCAGUGAUGUACACUAUUCGAAAAGGACGUUACCACCAUCAAACCACCGUCAACAAAAAUCCAUGGGUGAUGUACACCAUCCAAGAAGGACAUUACCACCAUCAGACCACCGUCAACAACAACCCAUGGGUGAUGUACACUAUGCAAAAAGAACAUUACCACCAUCAGACCACUGUCAACAGCAACCCAUCAGUGAUGUACACUAUUCAAAAAGGACAUUACCACCAUUAGACCACCCUCAACAGCAUGUUGGUAAUACAUCAGAUACUGUAUUUCAAUUCUCUCAGACACACAGAGAGUGUAGCAGUAGCUUGAGCAGGCCUUACAAGAGGCAAGCUACUCAAUCUCGGUCAAGAGUUCCACAGGAUGAUCCUGAAAUCCCAGAGAAACGAUCAAAGUAUGAAGUCUAGUUGCUAUGGUAUUGGUAGAGUAAGACAGUGGUAACACUUCAUCUUGACUUUGUGUAUGUAUGAUACAGGGCUCCACACUAAAUUUGUUUGGAAAAUACACAUGUACGUUCAAAUUUAACUUUUUCCACUCUGUAUGCAUUAGCCUUUUGUAAAGACAUCCAAAUUCUGGGGGUCCGGACCUAGAUUUUGGGCGUCCAUGUGUCACGGAUAGUCUGUUAGCUUCAAGUCCUGGGACCCAUUUCAUGAAGCCUUUUUUCAAUGACAAAAAUCAGUGACAAAUCUGCUGAUAACCAAUCAGAAGCAAGAACUUCACUAGCUCAUAACAAAAACUGUCAUUUGUCACUGAUUACAAGUUUUGUGAAAUGGGACCCUGGUGUUAGAAUAACCAUUUGAAGAGAAAGGGAUCGUAAUAUUGUCACAAUGUUUUGUGAAUGUGUACUUAAUAGCCCAAAACAGAGUUGCAUCAAGAGCCCAAUGUGUACCGGUACAUGUUUUAUGCUGAAAGGGGUCAUGUUGUGUGGAAAAUGUUUUCUGAAAAUACUCUAAAUAGGGGGUCAAUUUUUACUCAGCAAAGAAUUAUGCCUGUCAAUAGAAGGUGAUACUGCCAGCAACCAGUUGAUAUAAUGAUAAUAACGGUCACCGUGGCUUCUGAUAUAGUGAUGCUGUCAAGCCAUGACGCACCUUGCGCUCAAACAGUAUUACCCUGGUCCUAGGCGGCCUCUAAAUAUGUCCCACUUUGGCAUAUCGGGUGCCGAUGUACACCUGGGUGGAGAGUGGCAAAUGUUGAAUAAUGCCUUGUCAAGGAUGUUAGUGCAUUAGACAAUUAUGUAGUCCAUGUACCAAGUAUAUGUGUAUUAUUCAGUAGACUUGCAGUUGCACCAUGUGAGAGAGGGAGGGGGAGGGGGAGGAUUGGGCAGACCUGGAAAGGUGUAUCGUGUAUUGUAGACUUUUACCACUUUGUUCAUUCAUUCAGAUUAAUUUUAUUGGUCCAUUUUGAAAUUCAGUUGUUGCCAUUACAUAAAGCAUAUGAACAAUAUACAAUAGAAGGUGAUUUGCAUGCAAUGUAUGAAAUACCACUCAACUUUCACAAAGUGAGUUAUGAGUUAAAGUAUGUAAUUGUUCAAAUUAUCUUAUCGAAAUGUCACUGUAUUUGUCAAUGUCAUUACCCAUGUUCAAUACAAAAUAUAAUGAAGUAGAAUCUAAAUCAAUUUGUGAAUUUGUUACCAGAAAUACCCAGAUGUUAAUACCCACAUUGCUCCAGACAUCUUGUCUAUGAACUUGAUAGAACUCAACAUGAUAGUUGAGAACUGGCUUUGUCUGGUAAGGGUGUAUGAAUAAAGGCCCGAGUUAUCAGUGAAACAUUUUGUCUGACGUGGAUUAUUGUUUGUAAUUAACUACAUCCAGUUCUAGAUUUUAAAAUCCAUCUGAGGAAAUAUUUUCCUGGAUUUUUCUUUACAUCAUUCCAGUGUAGAUCACUAUGAACAUGACGGACAAAGAAAGCGGACAAAAUAUACAGUUUCUCAGGUAGACAAAGGAACAUCCCU